AUGCGAUCUAUCUAUCUAUCUAUCUAUCUAUCUAUCUAUCUAUCUAUCUAUCUAUCUAUCUAUCUAUCUCAGCCUUUUUCAUAUCUAUCUAUCUAUCUAUCUAUCUAUCUAUCUAUCUAUCUAUCUAUCUGUUUCAGUAUCUUAAUGCUGUGUAUCCGUCAGUUUGGAAACACUGUCACAUUCAGAAACAUUCCAAUAAACAGGCAAAUGUACAAUGCCCCUCCCUUCAAUGUCAAUUUUUACUUUCACCCUAUAAAAUAUAAGCUUAUCAAUGUUGACACUUCUCGACAUCUUAAUGGAAACGCGAUCAAUUUGUCGUCUGGACGCCAUUUUCUUCCAUUGUUUCCGGUUGUCCACCAUUUGCUGGCGCUUCCCGAAAAACGUCAGCGUCUCCUUCUGAGUGUUUCGCGCCUCAAUUGUACUUCUACGACCUUUGUUACUCACGAGCGACUUACUCAGCUUUGUGGCCUUCGAGGCUUGCUUCUGCUUUAUUCAAUGAUGUCGUCUUUGCAUUGA